AUGUCUGAUAAUAGAAGACGUAGAAGAGAAGAAGAUGAUUCAGAAUCAGAAAAUGAAUUGCCGCCCUCUUCCCCCCAGCAACCUUUUAGGGGAGGUAUCGACCCGAUUUCUUCGCCCAUAGGUGCUCCAGAUAUGAUUAAUCCUGAAGGUGACGAUAACGAAGUUGACGACGUGCCAGAUAUUGAUGAAGUGGAAGAACAAAUGAACGAAGUGGACUUGAUGGGCGAUGAUAUGUACGGAGAUUAUGCGACGGAUCGAAACAGAGAUAUGUAUGAUGCAAAUCAAGUUGAUGAUAGGCAGCAGCAAGAACUAUCUUUGAGCGAGCGUCGUCGUAUUGACGCACAACUGAAUGAAAGAGACAGACUAUUAAGAAAUGUUGCCUACAUGGAUGACGAGGACGAAGAACAGGAAGGUGCUGCACAACUAGAUGAAAUGGGUCUUCCAGUGCAAAGAAGAAGAAGAAGAAGGCAAUACGAAGAUUUGGAGAAUAGCGAUGAUGAUCUGUUAAGUGAUAUGGAUAUUGAUCCAUUAAGAGAAGAAUUGACCUUAGAGUCCUUGAGUAACGUCAAGGCCAAUAGUUACUCAGAAUGGAUUACCCAACCCAACGUAUCAAGAACUAUCGCCAGGGAACUGAAAUCGUUCCUGUUAGAAUACACAGAUGAAACUGGUCGUUCCGUGUACGGUGCACGUAUCAGAACGUUAGGUGAAAUGAACUCUGAGUCUUUGGAGGUUAAUUAUAGACACUUAGCAGAAUCUAAAGCUAUCUUGGCGUUAUUUUUGGCCAAAUGUCCCGACGAGAUGUUGAAAAUAUUCGAUUUAGUCGCCAUGGAGGCAACCGAAUUGCAUUAUCCAGACUAUACCCGUAUUCACUCCGAAAUUCAUGUAAGAAUUUCUGAUUUUCCAACAAUAUACAGUUUGCGUGAAUUACGUGAAUCCAAUUUGACCUCUUUGGUACGUGUCACUGGGGUGGUGACAAGAAGAACGGGUGUCUUCCCUCAGUUGAAAUACGUUAAAUUCAAUUGUUUGAAAUGUGGCUCUAUCUUAGGUCCAUUUUUCCAGGAUUCUAAUGAGGAAAUUAGAAUAUCAUUUUGUACAAACUGUAAAUCAAAAGGCCCUUUCAGGGUUAAUGGUGAAAAAACAGUUUAUCGUAACUAUCAAAGAGUUACACUUCAAGAAGCACCAGGUACCGUUCCUGCAGGUCGUUUACCAAGACAUAGAGAAGUUAUUUUAUUGGCUGAUUUGGUCGAUGUAUCCAAGCCAGGUGAGGAAGUGGAAGUUACAGGUAUAUAUAAGAAUAAUUACGAUGGUAACUUGAACGCAAAGAACGGGUUCCCCGUCUUCGCAACGGUGAUUGAGGCAAAUUCUGUUAAAAGGAGGGAAGGUAAUGCCGCUAAUGAUGGAGAAGAAGGUUUGGAUGUCUUUAGUUGGACUGAAGAAGAAGAACGUGAGUUUAGAAAAAUUUCUAGAGAUCGUGGUAUAAUUGAUAAAAUUAUCUCUUCGAUGGCACCAUCCAUAUAUGGUCACAGGGAUAUCAAAACCGCUGUAGCCUGUUCAUUGUUCGGUGGUGUGCCUAAAAACAUCAAUGGUAAACAUUCAAUUCGUGGUGACAUCAACGUGUUAUUAUUAGGUGAUCCAGGUACUGCCAAAUCUCAAAUCUUGAAGUACGUUGAGAAAACCGCACACAGAGCUGUCUUUGCCACUGGUCAAGGUGCUUCGGCCGUUGGUUUGACCGCAUCUGUUAGGAAAGAUCCUAUUACCAAAGAAUGGACUUUAGAGGGUGGUGCAUUAGUGUUAGCCGAUAAAGGUGUCUGUUUGAUUGAUGAAUUUGAUAAAAUGAAUGACCAAGAUCGUACAUCCAUUCAUGAAGCUAUGGAACAACAAAGUAUCUCGAUUUCUAAAGCCGGUAUUGUUACCACAUUACAGGCACGCUGUUCGAUUAUCGCUGCGGCAAAUCCAAAUGGUGGUAGAUACAACUCCACAUUACCUCUAGCUCAAAACGUUAGUUUAACUGAACCAAUCCUUUCAAGAUUUGACAUAUUAUGUGUUGUCAGAGAUCUUGUUGAUGAGGAGGCUGACCGAAGGUUGGCUACGUUUGUUGUUGAUUCUCAUGUGAGAUCUCAUCCAGAAAACGAUCAAGAUGAAGAAGAUAAGCUAGCCAAAGAAAAUGGAGAGUCGGUGAUAGAACAAGGCGAAGAUGAAAUAAAUGAACAACUCACCGCAAGACAAAAGAGACUUCAAAGACAAAGGAAAAAGGAAGAAGAAAUUUCCCCAAUUUCACAAGAACUACUAAUGAAGUAUAUUCACUAUGCCAGAACCAAGGUCUACCCUAAAUUACAUCAAAUGGAUAUGGAUAAGGUUAGUAGAGUAUACGCCGACCUAAGAAGAGAAAGUAUUUCUACCGGUUCAUUCCCAAUUACCGUCCGUCAUUUAGAAUCCAUUUUAAGAAUCGCAGAAUCCUUUGCUAAAAUGAGGUUGUCUGAAUUCGUGUCUUCUUAUGAUUUGGAUAGAGCUAUCAAGGUCGUGGUUGAUUCAUUCGUUGAUGCUCAAAAGGUCAGUGUUCGUCGCCAACUCCGCAGAUCUUUCUCUAUUUAUACCUUGGGCCAUUGA